AAUCAGUAUGUAGCAAUUAAUCGCAGAUAAUCUUUCAAUAAUUAAUAACAAACGCCCUUGCUUAAUUUGACACUGAGCAACGGGCAUAAUAAAUCAAUUAUUAAUAAUACUUACCAUUGUCCUAAUGCAACAUUUUAGUGAAAUGAAUCUAUUUCGAUUAUACGUAAUACAUACCUAUACUUAUUACCAAUUGUAAAUGACACAACAAAAACUAAAUAUUCCUGAGUAAAUAAGUAUGUGGAGAUCAGCAGGAAUGCUUCAAUAAGCGAUGGCGUCAAUUUGCCAACGUUGGCGGGUGUGGAUUCUUCCAUUAUUGACGUGUCUCUAUGGACUAGUCAUUAUAAUAUUGAUACCAAUAUUAUUGACAAACUCUAUCAACAAUGGAUUUAGAAAACAAGAUCAAGGCGCCUUGGCCGGGGGUGCGUUUGUCCUGCUGGCCCUACCAAUUUCAUUUUAUGAAAUUAUACAACACAUGAUACACUAUACCCAACCAAAGCUGCAAAAAUAUAUUAUCAGAAUCUUGUGGAUGGUUCCAAUAUAUGCGGUUAAUGCUUGGCUUGGCCUUAUUUUUCCUGAUGAAAGUAUAUACAUGGACAGUUUGCGAGAAUGCUAUGAAGCAUAUGUGAUUUACAACUUCAUGAUGUAUCUACUUGCUUACCUUAACGCUGAUCAUCACUUGGAGCAAAGACUGGAGCUGGCGCCACAGGUUCACCACAUGUUUCCUCUCUGUUGUUUACCAGAUUGGCAAAUGGGAAAAGAGUUUGUUCACAUGUGCAAACAUGGCAUUCUUCAGUACACUGCUGUUCGACCUAUAACAACAUUGAUUUCAUUUAUUUGCGAGUUGAACGGAGUCUAUGGCGAAGGUGAAUUCAGAGCAAAUGUUGCCUUUCCGUACAUGAUUGCAUUCAACAAUUUAUCACAAUUCAUAGCAAUGUACUGUUUAGUAUUGUUUUAUCGAGCGAAUUCAGAGGCACUGAGGCCAAUGAAACCAAUUGGGAAAUUCCUCUGCAUUAAAGCUGUCGUAUUUUUCUCAUUCUUUCAAGGUGUGAUUGUAGCCUUCCUAGUAUAUUUCGAUGUAAUAUCGAGUAUUUUCAACACAGACAACACAGACGAUAUAAGAAAUAUUUCGUCAAAGUUGCAGGACUUUCUAAUUUGUAUAGAAAUGUUUCUGGCUGCUGUAGCUCAUCACUACAGUUUCAGCUACAAACCGUUUGUUAAUUUAGCACAGAGCCAAGUAUGGUGGGAUGCGUUUAGAGCAAUGUGGGACGUUUCAGAUGUUCAUAAUGACAUUAAGGAGCAUUUGGGAGUCGUAGGAUCAUCUUUGAGCCGUAGGAUUCGCGGGCGCAGUUCCUAUCAACAAACCUGGGGCAGUGCAAAUGAGCGCACAUCUCUAUUACCCCAGGUACAAAUCCCAUCAGCUCAAAGUGCACCAGCAUCUUCAUUCGUGGGAUAUAACACGAACGAAGCUGGUACAAGUAAUGAUAACUCCCAGGAUUUUAUUCCCGGCUUCGUUGACUUAAGCCCUGAAGUUCCAAUGAACAAUAAUCGUGCUAUCAAUACGUAAAUGAAAAUGUAACAACGAAGAUCAGAUAUAUGAAUCUAAAAACUUGAAAAUGUUGGAAUUGUUUAAAAUCUGUUAAGAAUUAGCAGAAUUUUGAUAUCCGCAAUAAUAUAUAUUUUAAUAAGAUAUUAUAUAUAGUGACUCUAUCAAAAUAGCAAUAUAUGUGGCUCAGAACUCUCGUUACCUCAGGUGAAGAAAGUAGAGUGUAAGAGAAAUAUUUCAAGCAGGAUAACAAUUCAUUCAUAAUGAUCUUGUAAAUAUGAAUAAACGUGAUGAUGUAAAUA